GGUCGCAGCAAGCAGCGCCAAGCGGAGCCUCCGGGCGGAGCUGAAGCAGCGUUUGCGGGCCUUGAGCGCGGAGGAACGGCUGCGCCAGUCUCACCUCCUCACCCAGAAGAUGGCAGUGAAGCCUUCUACCACUGAAUGAAACCCCUGGUUUUUCUUAUCUGCACAUAUUUAUGAAUGAAAGUGUGCUGGCCACAAGAUUCCCUCUGCUUUUGUAGGCAGGUUAGAAUUCUAAGAGAAGAGGGGAUUCUGCCUUCUUCCUGUGUCCAUAUUUUAGUGCUGCUUUGUCUUCAUACUGUAAGUGGCUUUUGCAUUGUCCUUUCUUUAGCUUGGAGGACAGGCCAGAGCAGAAAAGGAAUGGAGAACAAAAGGGAGUUAAGGGCCAGCUUCUGAGUCUGGGUGAUUGCCCACAGUCAGUAUCAAAAUUCCAAAAGAAUUUCCAUCUUUUUGAGCAUGCAAGAUGAAAUUGAGACAGAAGAGAUAAUCAAGGACAUUUUCAAACAAGGAAAAAUCUGCUUCAUCCCUCGGUACCAAUUCCAGAGCAAUCACAUGGACAUGGUGAGAUUAGCAUCACCUGAAGAGAUCUCUUCACUUCCAAAAACAUCCUGGAACAUUCAUCAGCCUAGUGAAGGAGAUGUUCGGGAGGAGGCCUUAUCCACUGGUGGACUUGACCUCAUCUUCUUGCCAGGCCUCGGGUUUGACAAAGAUGGCAACCGGCUGGGGCGGGGCAAGGGCUACUAUGACACCUACCUGAAGCGCUGUUUGCAGCACCAGAAAGUGAAGCCCUACACCUUGGCUUUGGCUUUCAAAGAACAGAUCUGUCCCCAGGUCCCAGUGGAUGAGCAUGACAUGAAGGUAGAUGAAGUCCUUUAUGAAGACGCCCCAGCCUCUUAAGUCACACAGUGACAUCCACACUCACUGGUUUGUACCAGUGUGAAGAAAGUAUGUGUAUUUUCUCCUUGUCAAAAAUGAGUCAAAAUGGCACAUUAAAGUGAAUAUGGAUUGUG